AUGAAAACUCCACCCAUUCGCAGUAACAGCAACCCGGUCGCUGCCUCCAAGCGGACUGCUUUCACUGUGAUCCUUGCCAUUGCUCUGUUCUUGUGGAUGAUCAGUCCAUUCUCUGCCUCUCCAAGACAACUAGAUAGGGUUCCGUUCUCGCAGAACUCGGUGGAAGACCACUUCUCACACUUUGAAGGACAUGGAGAUUGUGGCAUCAGAUCAACGCAGCUCUACGUACCUCCAGUGGCACUCGACGAUGAUGCCCCGAAGCAUACGCUUUACUGCAACAACCGGGCAACACUUCUGGAAGCCAUGAGCGGAGGCGGUCGACACGGAUUCGAGAAGCCUUAUUUUCCCGCAGGCUGCCACUACCGCUGGUACUCGACUGCAGAAAUCUGCAUGAUCCUGGAACGCUUUGAUGCCAUUGUCUUUAUUGGCGACGACUCCCUCAAGCAUAUCUACGCCGCCUUCAACAUGCUGCUCAGAGAGGACAUGGCUAUGGGUAGUCUCAAGCAGUGGGAGCUCAACGAAAGCCAGCGUGAUGCUUGCAGGUGCGACAAUCAGCUCACCAAGUCAGAGUGCUGGAGCCACAUGAUCAUGGAGAGUCGGAGCGUAAGAGAGAAGGAAGAUGGAGUUGGUCACAGAAACCCUUUCUACUGCGAUCGCACGCCACAUGUAUUUCUUCCCGUCACAGACUCCCCAGCGCCCGAGGAGCUGCAUGCCAGCUUUACCUCGCUCAUCAGCGGAGACCCAGAUGCUUACAAGCCGAUUCCAGUCAUCCAUUCUCUGUCAUUGGCAACAUCGCUUUCCUGGUCUAAAGCAGUUGAUUCGAUGGAUGAGUGGGUGACUCUAGCAGAUGCUUCUGGUCGAAACAUCCCUAUCCUAUGGGUAGGCCCGAAUGCGGCGGGCCAUCUCAAGCCUCCUGGCCAGAUCCUCACUCAAGGCAACAAUGCUCUUUGGCACUACACCCUGGAGACAAUGAGAGAAGCCAAGGCGAGGCAGCUUGACGCGCUUGGGAUGUACAAUCUCACACUCCAAGCGAAUAGCUGGGAUGGGAGUAAUUAUGGACAGAAAGUCGGACUUGUGCAGGCAAUGAUGGUUAUCAAUUGGCUGUCCAGAGUGGAAUCGACCUGA